AUGGCCUGGAGCCAGCAUAUCGUCAUCUCUAUGACGGCAAACGGCACUACCAUCAUUGAUGUUGGCUGCGGUCCCCUGCCAUCAUCCGUCGAAUUCAAAUAUGCUGACAUCCUCGACUGGAACAGCUACCUUGCGCACUUGCCACUAGCAGCUCGUAACAUGAUGGACAAACUGACCAGGCAGGCCGACGUCUUCAUGCUCAAAAUGCUCCUGUCCGAGGUGUGCUGGGAGUACCAGUUGCGAAAGGUCCUCGCUUCGGCCGCAAAGCUCGUCAAGCCCUGUGGCAGAGUCGUGGGGUACACGCUUGCGAUGGCUGACGGCAAAUCAGGGGUCUUUGGGCCUCCCUGGGAGCGAUACUCGAGGUUUUCACAUGACAGGCUGAGCUUGGGGCCACGUGCUCUGACUUGA